GUACAAAACUGCGCAACACUUCAGCGUACGCUUCAAGAGGAACGCCGCAUCGCCAUAAUCACUAGCUCGCCCGCCUCGAUUAGCAACGUUGUUAUAGUUACUCAGUCAUUCAUCUGGUGGUAUAUUCGUAGAGGCACGUUGUCUGGCACGAUCCACAGCAAUCCUGCAACUUACGAAUUGUUAUCUGUUCACGGCAAUCAGUCGCGAUGCCGCAGGCGUGCGGUGUUCGCGGGUGCGUAAACAGUGUAUGUAAUCGCUCGAAAUAUCGUCGGCACACGGUACCGCGGAAAGAACCUGCACGAAGUACAUGGCUACGACUGAUACAACGUGAUGACGUCCCAUCGAACGCUGCAAUCGUCGUCUGUUUUCUACACUUUCGACCGGUCGACUACGAACUCAACGUGUCACUUGUUGAAGGCUCCGGAGUUGGAAAAUUCAAACAUAGACUGAGACCCGAAGUGACGCCGUCGUUGAACCUACCUAAUGCUGCCGCCGCGCAAGAGAACGUGGUACGUAUGUCGCCUGUGACGUGCCUGCAACGGUACAUACUAGAAAUAUAUGUGUCGUGCACCUGCUUAGCACAUUUUAUAAAUUUCAAUCACUUUCCUCAAAUACAGGCAGAACAAUGUGUACCAGAAGGUGACAGCCUAAACGGUGACAGUGCAUGUGCCAGCUUAGUCAGUCACGCUUCUUCCUUUGGAAAUGAAGAGAGCGGUUAUUCAUCUCACACCCAACCUGCUUCCCCUGUGCUUACAUCUCAGUCUCCCAGUCCCGACAUGACACCUACAACCGUCCUACAGUGCAUGAACUGUGGGUGCAGGCAGCCCAACAGCGUACCUUUGACUGAAGAAAAAGGGACCCAGUACAGUUUGCCAAGAGAGUCGAAGUGGACCCAAACAACAGUUGUCCAAACUAGGAGAGUCGGCACACAAGCAAAUCAUAAUGCCAAAUCUCUGCAAACAUCGUCAACUCAAACAAGUGAAGACUUCUGUGAACCUGGGCCACAGCACUCAGGCAUUCAAUGGGAACCAAAACGGUGCUCUACACCAGUUAUGAAUGAUGUGACAGAGACCACUAUCGGUGACACUGACAAUCCAGCAGACACCACCUAUGUACCACAACACGACAGCCUUCUUGGUUCUUGCAGUGAUAGCCCUCAAGCCAGCAGUGUCAGUCCCCAGGAGGAGAGAAAAUAUAUAAUAUUCGAAAGCAAGCUGAAAGAACUGUUUCGUUCCUGCACCACAUGCUUGAACCCGUGUACUACAAGCUUCAGCUGUGUUGGUUCCCUCCUCCGAGUUGAGUCCUGCUGCGUAGAUGGUCAUACGUUUGUUUGGGAGAGCCAGCCAUACAUAUCAAAUAAGCCUGCUGGAAACGUCCUGCUGUCUGCAGCAAUUCUGUUUAGCGGAGCAAGUCCCACUCCAACACUGCGGAUGCUCAAACUGAUAAAUGUCAAGAUCUUCUGUGAUCACACGUUUUUCAACUACCAGCGAGGAUACCUUCUACCAGCAAUAACUGAGGUAUGGACACAGCACCAAGCGGCACUCCUGGUUGAGUUGCAGGGCAAGGAAACCGACUUGGCUGCUGAUGGAAGAUGCGAUUCUCCGGGCCACAACGCAAAGUACCUAUCGUACAGUUUCUAUGACGGGAAGCUGAACAAGGUUGUCCAUACAGUACAGGUUCAGUCAAAUGAAGUGGCAUCAAGCUACCACAUGGAGCUGGAAGCACUGCAGCGUGGCCUUGAAGAACUGCAUGAUUUCAACGUCGGUGUACGGUCUUUGACAACAGAUCGGCAUCCCAGUGUACGGAAAUACAUGCGUACAUCACACCCAGAGGUUAACCACCAGUUUGAUGUCUGGCACGUUUCCAAAGGCAUUCGAAAGAAGCUGAUGAGUGCCAGCAAGGAAAAGGUUGCGAAGCACUUGAGCUAUGGUCAAAGCCUGUGGUGAAUCAUCUGUACUACUGUGUCACCCACAGCGAAGGAGAUGCAGAGCGUGUGUUAUCGAUGUGGAAGAGCCUUAACAAUCAUGUGUGCAACAUUCAUGAGGGCCAUGAAGGCCCAUAUCCACGCUGUCUGCACCCUGUCCUGGACGAGAACGACCGACCAUGGCUCAUUCCUGGGUCACAGCCUCAGAAGAAGCUAGCAGAGAUAACCCUGGCAAAAUAUCUGUUGAAGGAUAUUCCAAAGCUUUCUCCUGAUGUUCAGACAUCAAACUUGGAAGCAUUCCACAGCCUUCUCAUCCGGUUUGCUUCCAAGUCUGUUGGGUAUGGCCCCAAAACUAUGAAAUGCAGGACGCAGCUAGCCAUCCUGCAUUUCAAUGAAAACUCCAACAGGGCCCAUGCUUUCACAGAAGAUGGAGAACUGCGCUACCUAAUGAAGCGAUCGAAGGUGUACUCUGGAGAGUAUGUUGCGCUGCCCAUCAAGGAGGAGCCUACCUUCAAUUAUGCUCGCAAGCUUCUGGACAAGGUGGUAGAGCUCUGCCAUAAAUGGCCUACAUUUGAUGACGCAUGGGCUGCAAACCCUCCCGAUGAACUGCCUAGUCUAACGAAGAACGAGCCCCCUGUAGACAAGAGGGCACUUGUAGAGGCCAGGCAACACCGUCUAGAGAUGUGUCGCUGCUGCCUGUGCAAGGAAGAUUCGCAAAUGUAGGUCUAAAUCCAGUGUAGUACGUUGAAGGGAACUUUUCCCGAAUUGCCCACACAACACAUGAUGGCAGCACAUGACGGUUCCCUUCGCCAAGGUGCCCCCAGAGCCAGGAUGCACACUGCCGGUCUGCUGCUUCAUGGCCGUGGGCCAGCAUGUCAUUUAUUGAACUUGACACUGGAGAUGACACAUUUUGUUUGACAACUUCAAUUUGAGCUUUCAGAAAGCAGCUUGCAGCUUUCAGAGAAACAGUGACUACCUAUAUUACUCUGACACUCAUGCAAUCACCUCUGGAAGAGAGCAUUACGGAUGGUCUGGAGGAAUGCAUGUGGAGACAUCUGAAGACUCUAAACAAAUUUUAUGAAAUGGUAAUGCAGCUGCGUUUGUGUUUCACUGGUACGUUGGAGUCUUACAAUUUCCCUUUGACUUUUGUUGCGCAUGAGAGCAUCGUCAUGGAUGGCCUGGAAGAAUGCAUGUGGAGACAUCUGAAGACUCUAAACAAAUUUUAUGAAAUGGUAAUGCAGCUGCGUUUGUGUUUCACUGGUACGUUGGAGUCUUACAAUUUCCCUUUGACUUUUGUUGCGCAUGAGAGCAUCGUCAUGGAUGGCCUGGAAGAACGCAUGUGGAGACAUCUGAAGACUCUAAACAAAUUUUAUGAAAUGGUAAUGCAGCUGCGUUUGUGUUUCACUGAUUACUGAGAACACUUUUUCACGGAUACUUGGUACAGAGGUACAUGCUACUGUUCCUUUGUGUUGGGCAAUGAUCUUCUAAGGAACUGCGACAGACAAAUCGAGGGAGAAGCUUUUCACAGUAACAACAACUUGGAGAGUGUGUGUGACGGGAAUAUAUUUCUGUAUCCCUGGGCCUGAUUGUGAUGAUACACAUCAAAGGUCUGUUGCUACAAACAACAGGCUGCUCCUGAGGCAUUUCUGUGCAUAAAAGACAGAAUUUUCUCUGAAGUGUAAACAUGCUCUUGCUAUCCAAGACCUCGUGUACCAGUGAACACGCCUACUUGUGAAUGCUGAAUUUUGCUUUGAGGGCAUGUUUCUCGCUCAACAGGCAUAUCAGAACAUCAUAUGAACUGCCAGUCCUUGAUAAACUACAACCUGUUCUAAAGAAUUCAUAAAAGCAAGGCAUGAAUGCAAAAAACUUGUUCUUGUCUCUUGGUAGUGAGUAAUGUGCAUAGUUGUUUGUUAUUGUGUCUAAACAGAGUGACUUUUAGCAAUAUCUGACUUCUCCAUUACAAAGUGCACAUGAACGUAUCUAUGAAUGAUAAUAAAAUAAUUCGAGGCUUUAUAUCGUGAAACAACUGUGAUCCUAUCUGUGAAUGACUUAUUGCUUGCAGAAUAAUAAUUACCACUGUGAGUACAACUAAUAAAAAGUUCAUUAGGA